AUGGCCAGCAAUAAUGAUUCUUCUUCUUCAGCAUCAGCAUUGGGGGAAGAAGUAAAGGUUCCAUUGUUGGGAGAACAUAGUAUAGAUGGAGAAGAAGGAACUCUUGUGAGAAGGGUUUUGACAGAGUCGAAGAAUCUUUGGCACAUAGCAGCACCUGCAAUCUUCAACCGUGUUGCAAACUAUUCUAUGUUGGUUAUCACCCAAGCCUUUGUUGGCCACAUCGGUGACCUUGAAUUGGCCUCUACCUCUGUUGCCAUCAAUGUCAUUCUUGGCCUCGACUUGGGCAUCAUGAUGGGCAUGUCAAGUGCCUUAGAAACACUAUGUGGGCAAGCCUUCGGGGCAAAGAAGUACCACAUGCUGGGCGUAUACAUGCAGCGUUCAUGGGUUGUUCUGUUCAUAAUCUCCAUUGCACUCUUACCCAUCUUCCUCUUCGCCACACCAUUCUUGAAGCUCUUGGGACAGCCGGCGGAUAUAGCGGAGCUAGCUGGGGCGAUCUCCAUCAGUAUCAUACCCAUUCACUUCGCCUACGCCUUCUAUUUCCCUCUCUACUUCUUCCUUCAGAGCCAGCUGGAGAACAAGGUGAUUGCUUGGGUAUCACUCUUUGCAUUCUUUGUGCACUUGUUACUUGCUUGGUUGGCUGCUUACAAGUUUAAGAUGGGAGUGCUUUUUGUUGCUGCUGCUGCCAACGUUUCUUGGAUAAUCUUGACGCUAGGGUUUCUUGGCUAUAUCGUUUUGGGGAAUUGUCCCGCCACGUGGACUGGUUUCUCCAUUGAAGCUUUCUCUGGCCUUUCGGAAUUCGCCCAACUCUCUGCUGCCUCUGGAGUUAUGAUAUGCUUGGAAAUUUGGUAUGAUAGAGCACUAUUGUUGAUGUCCGGAAAUCUACCGAAUGCUGCGGUUUCUGUGGAAGCAUUAACCAUAUGCUUGACUAUAAAUGUAUGGCAGAUGAUGUUUCCAAUGGGAUUCCUUGCUGCUACAGGAGUAAGAGUUGCAAAUGAGCUUGGAGCUGGGAAUGGAAAAGGAGCCAAGUUAGCUACCUUGGUUUCGGUGGCUGAAUCAUUUUCAAUAGGCGUUUUCUUCUUGCUCUUGAUUAUAAUCUUUCGCACUCAAUUUGGCUAUAUAUUUUCUUCGAGUAUAGUUGUGAUUAAAGAGGUUAAUAAGUUGUCACUCCUCUUAGCCUUCACAAUUCUGCUCAACAGUAUCCAACCUGUUUUGUCAGGGGUUGCCAUAGGAUCAGGAUGGCAAAAAUAUGUGGCAUACAUAAACUUGAUUUGCUACUAUCUAAUUGGUAUACCGCUUGGGUUUUUGUUGGGUUUCGUCUUUGAUAUUGGAGUUGAGGGAAUAUGGGCAGGGUUAAUUUUUGGUGGAACUGCAGUCCAGACUUUGGUACUGGCCUUAGUUACUAUUCGAAGUGACUGGGACAAAGAGGCCAGGAGAGCAAGAUUGCAUGUGGCAAAAUGGGAAGGUGCUGUGAAGAACUGAACAAAAAGUAGUGUCUUUUUCACAUGCAAUUCAAUAGCAUAUGCGAGCACUGAUUAUAAGAAUAAUAAAUGGAC